AUGAAAUCUGUGCCAAGUUACGCUGAAUAUAUUAGCUUUAGAGUAAGGGGUGAUAGUAAAACCACUCCAAAACUUAUUUGUCACCUGUUAUUUGUCACCGAUUUCAGCGUAACCUGGCACAGAGAAACUUGCGAAUACGAGCGAAAAUUCGAGAAAUCUAUACGAAGCGUUCCUAGUGCAUUACAGAAAUCAGAGACAAAUGUUUCGAAGAAGUCAGAACGAGAUGCUGAAAUAUCUGGAAAUGAACAUAGAUGGAGCAACGAUCCCAGUUGCCACCGUGUGGGAUGCUCUUGCUCUCUAUUACACGAUCAACAUUGGCGAUCUUCUGAUGGAGACUUCUCUCGAGACAUGGCUGUUUCGACAUUUGAAUUAGUUGGCAGAGUGGAUAUCGAUUUUAGCGGAAAACAAGGAUGUAAUGCCGUUAGUAAUAAAUGUGGCGUGGAAAUCAGAGCAUCAGAAAAUCAUAAAGAUCUCGUUCAGAGCGUCUCUAAUAGGAGACAGGUAUAUCAGAAAACAAUUAAUAGUGAUACAACAGAGAAUCAAUUUAGUGAAUUAUCAUAUCUUUCCUUGGAACAUGAAUGGGAAAUUGGAAAAAAGUCAAGAGCGCCUCUGGCAGUUUGGAAACUGUGCCGAAAUAACCAUAUGGUUCCAUCUAGCAUCACAGAGACCCGAGCUACCAAUCGAAACUUGUGCAAUAAUGACAUCUAUACGAGAAGUAAAACCCCUUUGCAAGAAUUGCGAAAUGAGCGUGAACCGCAGCACACACAGGAUCUACCCUCGCUUCUUAAGCUAUUAAAUAAUGAAUAUCCAUAUCGCAAUGAGACAAACAAAAAUGUCUUGACUGACCGUGAAAUCCGACUCUUCGCCAAAAUGUAUGGCAUUACUGAUUUCCGCCUCAUGUUUAUAACAUAUAAUAAUUCGGUCUUUUGGCUAGAAGAUCCUAAAGGUGUUUAUUUUUGGUCUCGCAUAGACGACAGCAUGAUACGCGGAGGUGAUAAUCUGACAGAAGCUUUAACAAAUUACCUUUUUCAUGAUGAAAAUCUUUGUUAUGUUGACGAGUAUACUUGCAAAUUGGUACCAAUAAAUGCAUAUGAUAAAGAAGCUGAAGAAUGGGUAAAGUCACCUGAAAAAUAUUUUGCUAAGAUUGAUGUAACUGAGAUAUUACAAAAGCAUAAAUCAGAAAUGGAUGAAAAAAAGAAUCAACAAAAAAAGCAUUGA